GGCAUUAAGUAUUGUUUGGAUUGAAUUAUGAAGUUGAAUUGAGUUGACGAUGUCAGUCUCAUCCCCUUUCAUUUUGUGUUUCCCCAAGGAAGCACUUUAAUGAGGUCUCAGAGCUCUACUGAUGCUGCCGUGGCUCAGGCCCCCUGCCUACUGGACUGUCCUCACUGUCUCCUAACUACCAAUUCCGGUUACUAUGGCAAUGACAGCAGGGGCAGCAACCACCUUUCCUAUGAGCAACCAUACCAGGGAGAGAGUGACUGUGGCCAAGCUCACACUGGAGAAUUUUUACAGCAACCUGAUUCUGCAGCAUGAAGAGAGAGAAACAAGGCAGAAGAAAUUAGAAGUGGCCAUGGAAGAAGAAGGAUUGGCAGAUGAGGAGAAAAAGUUACGCCGAUCCCAACAUGCUCGUAAAGAAACAGAGUUCUUACGCCUCAAGAGGACCAGACUUGGCCUGGAUGACUUCGAGUCUCUGAAGGUGAUCGGGAGAGGAGCUUUCGGAGAGGUGCGGCUGGUCCAGAAGAAAGACACAGGGCACAUCUACGCCAUGAAGAUCUUGAGGAAAGCCGACAUGCUCGAGAAAGAGCAGGUGGCUCAUAUUCGAGCAGAAAGAGACAUCUUGGUGGAAGCAGAUGGUGCCUGGGUGGUGAAGAUGUUCUACAGUUUUCAGGACAAGCGGAAUCUCUAUCUGAUCAUGGAAUUUCUUCCUGGAGGUGACAUGAUGACCUUGCUGAUGAAGAAGGACACCUUGACAGAAGAGGAGACGCAGUUCUACAUCUCAGAGACCGUCUUGGCGAUCGACGCCAUCCACCAGCUGGGCUUCAUCCACCGGGACAUCAAGCCAGACAACCUUUUACUGGAUGCCAAGGGACACGUAAAAUUGUCUGACUUUGGUCUGUGCACGGGGCUAAAGAAAGCGCACAGGACUGAAUUUUAUAGGAACCUCUCACACAACCCACCAAGCGACUUCUCAUUUCAGAACAUGAACUCCAAGCGGAAAGCGGAGACGUGGAAGAAGAACAGGCGACAGCUGGCAUAUUCCACAGUCGGAACGCCAGACUACAUUGCUCCGGAAGUCUUCAUGCAGACUGGCUACAACAAACUGUGUGACUGGUGGUCCUUGGGAGUGAUCAUGUAUGAAAUGCUAAUAGGCUUCCCACCUUUCUGCUCCGAGACACCUCAGGAGACAUACAGAAAAGUUAUGAGCUGGAAGGAGACACUGGUGUUUCCUCCAGAAGUGCCCGUCUCUGAGAAAGCCAAGGACUUGAUUCUCAGAUUUUGUACUGAUUCUGAAAACAGAAUUGGGAAUGGUGGUGUAGAAGAGAUCAAAAGUCACCCCUUCUUUGAGGGUGUAGACUGGGGGCACAUCAGGGAAAGGCCGGCAGCCAUCCCUAUAGAAAUCAAGAGUAUCGACGACACCUCCAACUUUGACGAUUUCCCUGAGUCUGACAUCUUACAGCCGGUGCCGAAUACCACAGAGCCCGACUACAAAUCCAAAGACUGGGUUUUUCUCAAUUACACCUAUAAAAGGUUUGAAGGGCUGACUCAGCGUGGCUCCAUCCCCACGUACAUGAAAGCUGGGAAAUUAUGAGUGAUGAGCGCAGUCCCACAGCCAAGAACUCAGGUAGCUGCCGCUGCUGGCUGGCGUGGCGUCAGCACCAGACACUCACCAGCUUGAGGAACUUCUACAGGGUCGGAUUCUGAGACGGCUACAGGAAUCACUCGGCUUUUUUUUUUUUAAUUUUAAUAUGAUUUGUAUUAACUUUAUUAUACAAAGGUACUGGAACAAGGAACGGACAUUCCCUUCUAACAGCACGGCCUACGUGCAUGUUGAGGUCCAUCCGCCACGUGCUGAGCUCCCAACUACAACACUAAUCCAGCCAGAGCUGCGUAGCACCGACCGCACCGCGGCAGCCAGAGGUCACUCUCGGGGUCCCUGCUUCACUGCAAAGCGCAUGGGUCUUGAAUCAGUAAAAAGAAAAAGCCAUCUGCAGCUGCUGUUAGAGCAUUCGCCCUGCUGGUUUGGACAUCGUAGCUCUAGGUGAAGAUGGUCUCUGUGCCGGUCUAAGGAAUGAAGGAGAACUGGGGCAGGGAAGGCGAGCUUCCGUCAGGGUGAGGACGUGUCUCGCCUCCCUCCAGCAUCUGCCCAGGCCGACUACGCUGAGAAGUGGUAGCAACUGUUUUACACACGCAGGGAGACACUUGAGCAAGUGUCGGUUACUUUUCUUGUGACAUGAGGACUUCUUUUUUAACAAGAGGACAGGCAUUAUUUUAACAGGGUGAUGGUGAGUUGAGUUUUAGAAAUGACCAUGAAAGCUGCUUGUAGAACCUAGAGUAUUUUUAUUAAACUAUUUUUUUAAAUGUCAAACUUCUGAUCAUGUCAGUGGACACGUGAAGAGCAGGGGUGUGUGUUCUUCUUUGCUGGUGACAUCCUUUGAUAGCAUUAGAGUCAUUGUUUGCCAGUGAACCAAAGAUCCUGAACAGUGGCUGUCAGUGGUGAGUGGAAUUCUGCUUUCCAGGGGUGCGACACUCCAUGACGAACCUGUGACAAGGGCCAGCCCUGUUCGUGGUUAGUUCAUCACUGUGGUUAAAGCCCUCAAGGGAGUAAAGGAAGUGAGUACAGGCGGGGGUGUGGUGGGGUGGGGGGAGAUGGGGGAUUGGAAACUGGACAGAAAACGUCAGCAUCAAAUUCCUUGGGUAUCCCCUAGUGAUUACAUCAUCCUUUCUUGCUCAGCAUCUUGAUUCUGAACUGACUUCCUGAAGAGGUUUAGUUACCUAAGCUGUUGUUGAGAAAUAACGUCUCAGCGAAAGAGUAAUGUUUAUCCUCUGUGAUGGAGGUGGGGCGGGGAUUUAUGGGGAGCCAUGUCUCUCCUGAGGGCAUUGCUUUACGACCACUGCUGGCUGCGCCGCUGUCUUGCCGUCAGCUCUUGAAGUAUUAAAGUGAAUUUCCGGGUCUGUUGAGGACUAACACCUACCAGCCCACUGGCUCAGCUGUAGCCUGGUCCUGUGACUGAGCGUUUGAGAGAGCAGACCGGACACGGUGGGUAGCUCAUCUCACUGAUGACUUUAACUAGCUGCCUUAAUUUAUGCGGGAUGUAUGGGUUUCUGAAACUCACCUGCUUCAAAGGUAUUUAGCAGCGGAGGCCCCAGGCUGUAUAUGGGGCUUUACUGGUGCAGGGGUGAGUGGGCUGGAUACAGAGAUCUUGCUGUGUUCUCCAGCUCACAUGCAAUAACUACCUAGCUACCGCAGAAAGAGUGUUGUUGAGUGUAGGUAACUAGGGUGGGUUGAGGGUGCUGUUUCCAUGAUGUAGGGACAGCACUUCUUCUGACCUCCCUGUUGUAAGAAGCAGGUUUCCUGGUGGUGGAGGCCAUGUGGGAAGUGAACACACGAUUCGGUCUUCAGGGAUUUCUCUUGAAAGCCUUUCUUAAGCUACUGUCUAAAGGCAACUAAAGACAGAGCCU